AUGGGAUACUACUUUUCUCCAAGGCAGACGCAGGAGCGGUCCUUGGAUGAGGCACUGGAUCAGGCUCUCAACGAGGACAUGAUCCCGGAUGAUAUCCACUACGACGACAGGUCCAUCCUGGAUAGCUUCUCCUUCAGGCUGCCACAUCGCCGUCGCCCUGUCGUCCAGGUAAUACUUGUGCGUACGUCGGCUAUCGACGCCAUUAUGAACUUUCACUCAACGAUCGUCAUGAAUGUCAUUACCUUUCGCUCCGCGUACUCUUUCUUUCCGAGGAGCACGUUCAUCAAGAAGAUCGGCAUCUGCUUCGACGAGGACAUCUCCCAGAGCGCGGCAGCGAAGUACACAUCACGCGGAUGGUCGCUCGUGAACGAAUUAGACGAGGCCGAAUACUACGAGUUGGGUGGAGAAAUUCGACGUGGAGAACGAUAUGUUGGCGAUUCCUGGACAUGGACUAUCGAUCUCAAUAUCGAGUGA